UCUAACGGAAACACACAGUAUCUUCUUUUUUCUUCUCCCUCUAAAACAUUCGUAAUUUCAAUUUCUCACUUUUACCUUUUGAGUUUUCUCAAACUUUUCGAUCCGGAUCUGAAAGCAAAAAAAGAUGGUGAGAGAUAUCGAAGAUGAGAUCAGAGUCGAGAAGAAUCAUCCGCAGCUUGACGAAGCUAGUCUCGAAGAUGAGAUCAUCAUAGUCGAGAAGAAUCAACCUCAGCUUGACGAAGUUAGUAUCGUUGAUCUCCUCGACAGUCCUUAUUCCCUAGAUGAAUCUGUUGAAGAAAUUGAUUCUGUCAGCGAGAAGCUUAAUGAACAUUGUAACGUUUACUGUGAUGAUGACUUCGAAUCUGCUCUAAACAUCUUCCCUUAUGUUCAUGUGCCUCCAAAGAAGCGCAACUUUUGGAAUUAUGAGUUCUGCAGAAGAAGCUCUGAGCUGUCUACUGCUUGUAUACUAUGCGAUCUUGCAGACGAUUCUGUAGUGCCUUGUUCUGGGAAGGACUGUCCUCUCGCUGUUCACAAGAGAUGUGCUGAGCUUGAUUGUAAAGAGGAUCCUGCUGCAUCCUCAUACUGUCCUUAUUGUUGGUUGAAAUAUCAAGCGACUAGUUCCAUGGCUGUUGCAGCUGCAAAGGCACAUGAACACUCUUCAGCUCGCAUGUUCGGUACUGAGCUGAAUAGUGGAGAUAUAGCCGUGGCGAGAGAAAAUGUUCAAGGUUCUGAUAAAACACUACCAAUGCAACUACAUGAGAACCUCCAUCAGAUACGGAAAGCUGUCGAGCAGCUUAAGUCUCUAAAUCUCCAGUUAGACAAAUCAGCUGAUCAGGUCAUUGAUAUGGAGGAAUCCUCCGGAGAAGCUUCUGUUGUUGUUAAUGAUCAGCCAAAAAGGGUUCUUUGGACAGUCGAAGAAGAAACCAUGUUGAUGGUGGGAGUGGAAAAAUAUUCAAAAAUAAUCAAUAAAAACAUGCCAUGGAAGAAGAUUCUGGAGAUGGGAGAAGGUGUAUUCCACGUGAAUCGCAGCUCAUCCGAUCUUAAGGACAAGUGGAGAAAUAUGGUACGUAUGAGUCGAUAUUAGUAACUCCUUUCGCUGUAGAAUCUUAACAAGUAUUAUAUGAGGCAUUGAUAGCAAACGUUAAGACAAAUGCUAGUAACCUUUUGAAGUAGUGUAAAGAAACUAUGAGACUUUGACGCAUGUAGAUCUUUUUGGUAACAAUUGUCCUGCCUUUUAGCAGUCUAGUAAAACUUGUAUUGAGACAUAGACGACAAUGUCGUUUCAUAUCCCCUUAUAUUGAUAUUAAGAGAAGAGAAUGUGUCUUUUGUUAGUAGCUGCCCUA